AUGGUAUGUUCUUGCUUGUUUCUCUACCUGUUGAGACGCUGGAAGAUUAUUACUUUCUAUGUGGGUGAAUCUUUGCCGACUUCUGAUAAUAACUCAAACUUUAUAGCCUUUAAGACGUUGAUGCACACCCUUCCUCUGGCAGCAACCUAUUUGUUUUACAUGGUAGUCUCUGUCGAGUCUGUUCGUGGAGUAAAUGUUCCCAUGUACACCACUCUUCGGCGUACUACAGUGGCAUUUACUAUGAUAGUGGAGUAUGUUCUGGCUCGGCAAAGAUACACACCUCCUAUCAUUGGGAGUGUUGUGUUGAUAAUUCUUGGAGCAUUCGUUGCUGGAGCUCGGGAUUUGUCAUUUGACUUCUAUGGCUAUGCAGUUGUUUUCUUAGCCAACAUUGCAACAGCAAUAUAUCUUGCCACCAUAGCCCGGAUUGGGAAGUCCAGUGGCCUUAAUAGCUUUGGUCUUAUGUGGUGCAAUGGAGUCAUAUGCGGCCCAUUUUUGUUCUUUUGGACACUUAUUCGUGGUGACUUGAAGAUGACAAUACAUUUUCCUUAUCUGUUUUCACCUGGUUUCUUGAUUGUGCUGCUUCUCUCCUGUACACUGGCCUUCUUUUUGAACUACAGUAUAUUUCUGAACACAACUCUUAAUUCAGCGCUUACACAGACAAUUUGUGGUAAUCUGAAGGUUCGUUGAACACUUACUUCUCUUUACCUGGAUUAUUAAAUGUAGCCU